UUGCGACAGCAUGAGUUAGAUACACUGAACGAUAAUAUUCUAUUAUACUGAUACGCUCUCCAGUUCCUUGUUGCAUAUUUAGCAAAAUAUUUAGCUGUAAAUUGUUAUAGAAGAGAUUGCUUAGCUAUUUGUCGAGUUUUUGAAACGUUAGGUACCUACCUAUACCUAUAAGUAACGCCAAAGUCAACUUCAGCUUUGCUUUUAGCACUGCUUUAUUGUUAUAGGUCACUUGCAAUUAUCUAGAAAAUGUCAUACUGCCGUGAAGAUGGAAAAGACAAAGUCAUUUUUCUCACCAAAGAAGAUUAUGAGAAGCCAAGUACAAUUGAACUGGAGGAGGAGGAGCAGCCAGCAGGACUGAUCGGGCCGGAUGGGGAGAUCAACUGGAACUGCCCCUGCCUGGGCGGAAUGGCCACCGGACCGUGCGGAGUCGAGUUCAGAGAGGCCUUCUCCUGCUUUCACUAUAGCAAAGCGGAGCCACGGGGGAGCGAUUGUUACGAGCCGUUUCAGAAGAUGCACGAGUGCAUGCAGAGCUACCCGCAGCUGUACGGCACAUCUGAGGAGGACGACAAAGAGUUCCAGGAGAAGAUGCAGAAGGCGGAGGCCGAGUCAGCGGCGGCGGCGGCCGAGUCGGCGGCGGUGGAGGCCGGCGCCGCUCAGGCAGAGACGCCGCCGUCCGGCGCGGCUGAAGCGUCCUAGCACCGGUGUGUGUGUGUGAGAGGGCGAUGAGUGUGUGUGCGUGCCGAGCGGGACCGCCCAGUGAGCUGGCGCUGUGCCGAGCGGGACCGCCCAGUGAGCUGGCGCUGUGCCGAGCGGGACCGCCCAGUGAGCUGGCGCUGUGCCGAGCGGGACCGCCCAGUGAGCUGGCGCUGUAGUGGAAUUGAGGGCCGCUCGCGUUGAUCAUGUGCAGAGGCGGCGCCUGGUCGGCUGGAAGUGCGACGGGUGGAACGGCUGGUAGCGGCGUGUGCGGCGGCCGGUGGCCGGCAGCCUCCCCGGACCACUGUCAGAACCACGGGCCGGUCGGGGAGCUGGCGGCGUUCAGUCGCCGGCCUGCUGUCCACGCUGGUGCCGCGGGCGCGCCGCUGCCAGAGCGGCUCAGAGCUCAGGUACCUUCAUAACUGGCACCGUUCACUCGUGUUUUCUGUCUACCGAACUGCACGUAAUGUGUUACCCAGUAUUUGCGUCGGUUGCAAUGUGCAUUAUGCGGUCUGCCAAUGUCCGAACGUCGAAUACAGCUGCACAAUACAG